AUGAUUCUCCCCAGAGAGGCUGUGAAAUACCAGGGCAAGGUGGCCGAUGUUGCUGAACUUCAGACAAUCAACUUUUCUCGUCUAAUUUCCCAAGAACCCGUUGAACUCAAGAAGUUGUUGCACUUGUGCCAAACCGAAGGUUUCUUCUAUCUUGAUCUGCAGGGUCUCGAUAGUAGUCGAAUGCUCGAAGAUCUGCAAAACCUACUGGCCGUAAUGAAGAGAUUCUUUGACUCGCCGCUCCACGAAAAGAAUGAAAGAGGGUUUGAAAGCCAAAGAGACGGCUACGAGGCAAUCGGAACCCACGCUGGUAUUGUAGAGGGCACCAGAGAUGGUUACGAAACUCUCAAGGUAAGCCGCCUUUGGGCCGAGAUGUCGUGCAUUGUGAAGAACGAGGUCCCGACGUUUCGCAACUUCGUCGCUGGCUCCAGUAUCAUUACAAGGCUCAUUCUUGCUAGCUUAUCAAACGCUAUGGGCCGUUCCGGGGAUACUCGGUUUGAGUGCUUUCAUCGCGACAACGAGCCGUCCAAUACUACCCUUGUCAUGUUCCGCUACGUACCAGGCGAUCUGAGAACAGAUCAGCGUGUCGGACACCAGCAACACACCGAUAUUGGUUCUUUGACGCUUCUUUUCAGUGAGCAGUGGGGUCUGCAGGUUCAGCGCCCGGGAGCCGAAGCAUGGGAGUUCAUCGAGCCGUUGGCUGGACAUGCUGUUAUUAAUGUUGGCGACUCUCUGCGAUUUGCAUCUGGUAACAAGCUUUACUCAUGCAUUCAUCGCGUCGUCCCGAUCGACAAUCCGGAGCCGCGCUACUCGAUUGCAUACUUUCUCCGCCCAGAGGAUAACGUUGUGUACAAGGACAGCAAUGGCAGAGAAAUCCGCGCCAGCGACUGGCAUGAUGAGAAAUACAGCGUGUUUCAGCAGGAUCAUAAAGCCCAGGAAGCAAGCUACUCUGUCUUGAUGGGAGGAAUGCAGGAGGUGCUCAAGUCAUAG